AUGAAUUCCACCAAUGCGGCUGCAUCAUCGCCUUACCAUCAGAGCUCGGUGAGACCUCAGAGAAGUACUCUCCAAUAUCACUAUCAUCAUCGAUCCUCCUCCUCCCCACCGAAUAACAACAACCAAAGGAAUUAUAUGAACCACCCCCAUAGCUCUCUUUUAUCCCCUUCAUCGAAUAUGAACUCCACAUCACUCAUGCUUAAUAAUAACAACACAGCAACAUCCUCUCCGACUCAUAAGGGCAGUAGCCAUUUGAUAGUUCGAAGAAGCAGUAUCGUACGACAUAAAGAAGUCAAUGACUCCACCAUGUUUACAGAGACAUCUCGGCGACCCUCCACAACCCGUCUGCCGUCCCUAUCUUCACCAAAAGCUGCUGUUGCCUCUUCAAACAGUAGUAACAACAGCUCCUCAUCGACUUCUCCUCUCUCUGAAACAACUAGUUCUUUCGCUAGCACGGCCAGCAUCAGUGUGAAUGGAAAUUCCAUUUUAACAAUUAAUUCAUCUCCUUCGUAUGUGAACUCCACGAAUACAGGUGCUCUCUCUCAAACACAUAAACAUCCCAAGUUUAACAGAAUGCACUCCACUCUUGGAAUUAUACAAUUGAGGAAUCACUCGAGUCAGUAUCGAAAUUCAAAUCCUUCAUUGGCUAAUGAUGAACCACAUGAUCGUCAGUAUUGUCGGAGUCCAUUAAGGUCUACCACUUCCACUUCUUCUUUACUAUCUUCUAAUCAGACGUGCAAUGAAGGAAGCGAAAAAUCAUUGAUCAUUGGACCUAGCUCUUUGGUUCAGAGUCCUCCACCCAUGAAUAUUCAUCCCUCAUUGCUUGUUUCACCUGACCUUGACUCGUCUCCCUUCAGGAAACCAAGUUUGUGCUCGGCCAGAAAGAGAAGUACCUUCCAAGCUCCAUCGAUGGAUGAGGAACCAGAUUUAACACGACGAUCUUCGUUUUCAAACCAAGGGCAACCGCCUCAACAAAUGGAUGCACAUCGAUCUGCAACGCCGGUUCCAGGAGGAUAUUCUUCCAGAAGUAUGAGUCCAAUGGGCAUGGUAUCAUCUUCACUCAUUUGUCAAGCACCAAGCAUGCCAUCAAAUUCGGCAUGCCCUUCCACAAGUUUUUCAACCACUGUCACAUUUAACUCAACAGAAAAAACGAGCCCAACCAAUGCUAAGCAAAAUCAGGAACCAAAACGAACAAACUCUUCGUUUGUGGAAAAGAUUUCGAACGCAGUUGAAACUCAAAGGCAAAUUGAAGCAUUGAGAGAUUAUGUCAAACUUGAUUCUUUUGCCUUUGGCUCUCAAAACGAAGAGUAUAAAGAAUAUUCUGCAGUAGAUACAAAGAAUGACGAGCUCUUGUACGGUAAAUAUGUGGAUAUGUAUGGAGACCAGAAAAUGUUGCUCAAUGUACACAAUUUGGUCAAGGAAUAUAUCAACACAAAAGGAUCUAGAAAGAAUGUGGAUGAUGUGAAUGCAAUUGUUAUGGAUGUUUUAAGAAAAUUUAAUUCAAGAACUUUGAAAAAGAACAAGUCAGAGGCAACAAUACGUACAUUCAAUUUGAAAUAG